AUGUCUGCCCCCGGUGCUCCCCACAUCUCUGCCGAGGACGUCAAGCUCGACCACGGCAAGGUCCCGACCUCGGCCGACGCUCGCACCGACGUCGCCACCAUCCUCUCGGGCUCGUCGGACCGCGCCUCGCGUGUCGACGCCGCCAAGGAGCUCGUCGACCUGAUCAAGGUCGAGGGUCCCCACGCCUUCGUCCGCGAGGGUGUCGCCUCGGCCAUCCUCAAGGGUCUCGCCGACAAGAAGAACGCCGGCGUCCGCGAGGCCGCCUGCGACCUCCUCCAGAUCCUCGUCGAGCAGGGCCUCGGCAACGCCGUCGAGCCGUUCUUCUACGAGAAGCUCAUGCCGACCAUCGUCGCCGAGACGUUCGCCGACAAGGAGAAGGUCGUCCGCGAGGCCGCUGUCCAGGCCGUCAAGUCGGUCGUCCAGGUCUCGUCGUCGUGGAGCGUCCCCAUCUUCCUCCCGAUCCUCCUCGAGCAGAUCCGCACCGCCGGCAAGUGGCAGGUCAAGACCGGCUCGCUCGAGAUCGUCAACCAGCUCGUCGUCUCGGCUCCGGAGCAGAUGGCCCGCCUCAUGCCCGACAUCAUCCCGACCAUGACCGACGCCAUCUGGGACACCAAGUCGGACGUCAAGAAGGCCGCCCGCUCGACCCUCACCACCCUGUGCUCGCUCGUGUCGAACAAGGACAUUGAGAAGUUCAUCCCGGCGCUCAUCAACUGCCUCAUCAACCCUGUCGAGGAGACCGUCAAGACCAUCCAGCUCCUUGCCGCCACCACGUUCGUCCAGGAGGUCGACUCGCCCACGCUCGCCCUCAUGGCGCCGCUCCUCCAGCGCGGUCUCACCGAGAAGCUCACGUCGACCGUUCGCAAGGUCGCCGUCAUCAUCGACAACAUGACCAAGCUCGUCGACAACGAGCACGUCGUCCGCCCCUUCGUCCCGAAGCUCCUUCCCGGCCUCGUCAAGGUCGAGCAGACCGUCGGCGACCCCGAGGCCCGUGGCGUCGUCGUCAAGGCGAUCAAGACGCUCCGCGAGACCGCCAACUGCACCGGCGACGGCUCGGACCUCCCGCCGCCUCGCGUCGUCACCGCCGAGCAGUCGGCCGGCCCCGUCGUCGAGUCGAUCAAGAAGGUCGACCCGGCUUCGAAGCUCGACGCGUCGUCGCCCCUCGUCGACUUCAUCGCGACGCUCGUCGGCAACCUGUGCACGGCGCGCUGCUGGGAGCAGACCGAGUGGGAGUCCGGCCUUGUGCCGUACAUCUCGCUCGCGCUCCCCGAGACGAUCCGCGCCAACUCGGCCAUCGAGGUCGCGCGCGACCUCCUCCAGAAGCUCGCCAAGGACGAGGGCGAGACGGUCGAGGCGUUCGCCGACGAGGAGGAGGGCGAGGACCUGUGCAACUGCACGUUCUCGCUCGCCUACGGCGCCAAGAUCCUGCUCAACACGGCGACGCUCCGCCUCAAGCGUGGCCACCGCUACGGCCUGUGCGGUCGCAACGGUACCGGCAAGUCGACGCUCAUGCGCGCCAUCGACAACGGCCAGGUCGAGGGCUUCCCGUCCAAGGACGUCGUCCGCACCUUCAUGGUCGAGCACGACGUCGACGGUGACGAGACCGAGAACUCGAUCAUCUCGUUCGUCCUCAAGGACGACCGCAUCCUCAAGACCGAGGAGGAGUGCCGCGACGUCCUCGAGCAGGUCGGUUUCACGCGCGAGCGCCAGGAGGCCGCCAUCGGCUCGCUCUCGGGCGGCUGGAAGAUGAAGCUCGCCCUCGCCCGCGCCAUCCUGUUCGAGGCCGACAUCCUCCUCCUCGACGAGCCGACCAACCACCUCGACGUCGUCAACGUCAAGUGGCUCGAGGACUACCUGUGCGGCCUCAAGACCUGCACGUCCAUCAUCGUCUCGCACGACUCGGGCUUCCUCAACAACGUCUGCUCGGACGUCCUCCACCUCAACAAGUUCAAGGUCAAGCGCUACCCGGGCAACCUCAACGACUUUGUCCGCUACGUCCCCGAGGCCAAGGCCUACUUCGAGCUCAACCCGCUCGAGGAGUACAACUUCAAGUUCCCGGCUCCUCCUCUUCUCGACGGUGUCAAGACCAAGGAGAAGUCGCUCAUGAAGAUGCGCCACGUCGCGUUCCAGUACCCGACGUCGCCCGUCCAGCAGCUGUACGACAUCUCGCUCCAGGUGUCGCUCUCGUCGCGUGUCGCCGUCCUCGGCCCCAACGGUUCGGGCAAGUCGACGCUCGUCAAGCUCCUCGUCGGCGAGACCGAGCCCAACAAGGGCGGCGAGGUCUGGCGCCACCCCAACUUGGUCAUCGGCUACGUCGCGCAGCACGCGUUCCACCACAUCGACCACCACCUCGACAAGACGCCCCUCGAGUACAUGCUCCAGCGUUACCAGACGGGCGAGGACAUCGAGGAGCUCGAGAAGGCCAACCGCAAGCUCACCGAGGAGGAGGAGCGCAAGAUGAAGGAGGGCGCGACCGUCGUCGUCGAGGGCGUCAAGCGCACCAUUGACGACAUCACGGCCCGCAAGAAGCUCAAGCAGUCGUUCGAGUACGAGGUCUCGUUCAAGGGCCUCUCGUCGUCCGAGAACCUGUGGCUCCCGCGUGACGAGCUCAUCCGCCGUGGUUUCGAGAAGAAGGUCCAGGAGGUCGACUCGCGCGAGGCGCAGAAGGCCGGUCUUCUCCGCCCUCUCGUCCGCAAGGAGAUCGAGUCCCACUUCACCGACUUUGGUCUCGAGCCCGAGUUCACCACCCACAACACGAUGCGCGGUCUCUCGGGUGGCCAGAAGGUCAAGGUCGUCCUCGCCGCCGCCACCUGGCGCCGUCCCCACAUCGUCAUCCUCGACGAGCCGACCAACUACCUCGACCGUGAGUCGCUCGCUGCGCUCAUCUCGGCGCUCAAGAACUACGAGGGCGGUGUCCUCGUCAUCACCCACAACCAGGAGUUCUCCGAGUCGAUCUGCACGGAGGUGUGGGCCAUGAAGGACGGCUACCUCACGGCCUCGGGCCACAACUGGGUCGAGGGCCAGGGCGCCGGCCCGCGCAUCGACCAGCCGAAGGAGGGCGACGAGGAGGACGUCUUCGACGCCAUGGGCAACAAGAUCGACGCGCCCAAGAAGGUCAAGAAGGCGACCGCCAAGGACGCACGCAAGGCCAAGAAGGACCGGAUGGCGCGCAAAAAGCUCGGGCUGCCCAGUGACGACGAGGCAGGAUUUGACUGA